GUGUCACUCGGGCUGUGGGCCCGCGGAGGUGCCGAGUGCCGAGCUGCGCCGGCGGGGGCGGUGGGCUCACCUAUGGGACUUUCCAAAAGCAAACACAAAUCCAGGAAAGGUGAGGAGAAAAAGAAGGGGCGCAGGUCUUCCCCUGCAAAGACUAAGGAAAGGUCGAUGGACAGGCGUUCUCGAGAGACCGAGAGGCCUCCAGACACCAAGGCUGCAGAGAGCUUCCAAGGGAAGAAGGGGGCAGCCAAGCGACAGUGGCCUCCUUCAUCUGAAGUCGAAGAGAAACCUGAUGUAAAGGUAAAGGCGAGCAAGAAGAAAGCUGCCAUUCCACAGAUCAUCAUCACUAGAGCCUCAAAAGAGACUCUAGCCAGCUACAGUUCCAUCGGAAGUGAAGAGCAGAGAAUCAUUAAGGAGCAGGUGGAAUGGGGCCCCUACUCCCGACACAGAAACCCCAGUACAGUAGACGCCUAUGGUUUACGAGAAUAAACAAGCACCCCGAGUA